AAUUAAAGGAAUCGUAACGGUGAUGAUCCCUAUAAUAAGACAUUAACCUGGGGAUUGUUGUUGUUGCCACUUCACUAAAUUUUAUUACCAGCAACGCCUUUGUCCCCAAGCUAAGGCUAAGGCGGCGAUAGAGAGAGAGAGAGAGAGUAUGGAGGAAAGGAAGGGUAAGCGGAUUAGGUCAGAGGAAGAUCCCCCGAGAUCUUCUGACAAGCGACGUAAGACGAGGAAGAAGGAAGAGGAGAAUGUCCUGAGCAGAAGAGGAUCUUCGAGUUCUAGGGGAAGAAGAAGAGGAAGAGACAUGUCUUCUUCUCCCGACAAGGAUGAGUCUGAAGGAAGAAGAAAGUAUGCUGGUUUGACUUGUCAUCAGUGUAAGAUCAUGAUGAGUAGUAAGACUGAUCUUGUCUUCUGCUCAAUAUGUGUCAAUAAGCGCUACUGCAAGGACUGCAUCAAGAGAUGGUAUCCAGAGAGAACGCCUGAGGGAGUUAAAGCUGCUUGUCCUUUCUGUAUGGGGAAUUGCAACUGCAGAGCUUGUCUGCGAGAGCCUUUGGCUGUCAAGAUACAAAGUGGAAAGGAUGAUAAUGUCAAGCUCAAGCAGUUGCAGUACCUAUUAGCUAAAGUCCUUCCGGUUCUCAGGGAUAUCUAUACAGAACAGAAACGUGAACUAGAGAUUGAAACAGCGAUUAGAGGAGUGCCUGUGACAGAAUCUGAUGUUAUCAAGUGCGAGAUUCAUCCAAGUGUACGCAUAUACUGUGACCUCUGCAGCACAUCCAUUGCCAAUUUUCUCAGAAGCUGUCAGAACCAAGAUUGUUCAUCAGACAUAUGUCUCUCUUGCUGCAAUGAACUGAGAGAUGGGGAGAGUUUCUCUAGCUGGAAGCUUAACUCUGACGGUACCAUUCCCUGCCCUCCAAAGGAACGUGGUGGUUGUGGUACCUCAACACUAGAGUUGAGACGUUUGCGCAAACGUGAUUUGGUCCAAAAACUGAUAACCGAUGCAGAGGAACUUACUCAACAGUUUAAGCCACACGAUUUGGAUAUUGCUCAUGAAUGUUCCUCAUGUUCUGAUUCCAUUACAAGACAGGCUGCUUCUAGGAAAAACGGUCAUGAUAACUUCUUAUACUCCCCAAACGCUCUUGAUCUAGCUGAAGACGACAAUGCUCAUUUUCAGUCGCAUUGGAUGAAGGCAGAGCCUGUUAUAGUCAGAAACGUUCUCGAGAAGACAUCUGGACUAAGCUGGGAGCCAAUGGUUAUGUGGAGAGCCUGUAGAGAAAUGGAUCCAAAGGCUAAAUGCAAAGGAGAGGCCAAAGCUGUGAAGGCUGUGGACUGCUUGGACUGGUGUGAGGUUGAGAUAAACAUUCAUCAGUUUUUCGAUGGCUACUUAAAAGGCCGCACGCAUCAAAACGGUUGGCCAGAGAUGUUGAAACUGAAAGAUUGGCCUCCAUCAGCUUUGUUUGAAGAGCGUCUUCCGAGGCAUAAUGAUGAGUUCAUGUCUGCGUUGCCUUUCUUUGAUUACACUGAUCCAGAGUCUGGUAUCUUGAAUCUUGCAACAAGACUUCCAGAUGGAUCCUUGAAGCCAGAUCUUGGACCAAAGACAUAUAUUGCUUAUGGUUUCCAUGAAGAGCUUAAUAGAGGAGACUCUGUGACAAAGCUACAUUGUGAUGUUUCUGACGCUGUGAAUGUGCUGACACACACAGCUAAAGUGGAUUUAACUCCCAGACAAUACCAAAGGAUAAGAAGAGAACAGAAAAGCUAUGCAAAAGCACAAUUGCGUAAACAACAGGAAAACAAGUCACUGGGAGAAGUGGAUAAAGAUGAAAUAAUCUUGAUUGAGAGUGAGGAAGAUUUAAAGAAUUGCAAUGGUCUUUUGGGGGAACAUAGCUUGAAGGACAAGACAGCUAAGGAAGAACCAUCAAACAGCAUUGCUGGACCUUCCAGCUCACAAGAAGUUGAUAAACUAUUUUUUUCAAAAGGUGAAUCUAUGGAAGGAUCUUCUAGUACGUAUUCUUGCACUGUUGCUAUGGAGUCAAGUCAUGAUCCAAAGGUGGAUGUGGGUUUGAUAACUCAGGAGAAUGUAACGGUAAAACAAGAAUCAGUUGCUGACGAGAAUCAUAAUGACGUCUGUUUGAAGACAGAGAGAUUAUCUCCGAAGUACCCAAAUGAAGAUGGUCCCACGGUGGAGAAUAGACUAAUGAUGCCAACACUUCCUUCAACUCCCCCGUGGGAUGAAGAAGAUAGGCCCCCACAACGUGUUGUCAGUACAAGUGCGGAAUCAAUACAAGAGCAGAAACUAGAUGCUCCAACAGAAACUAAUGAGAGUUCAAAGGCUGUGCACGGUGGUGCUGUCUGGGACAUAUUUAGAAGAGAGGAUGUUCCAAAACUUGUUGAGUAUUUGAAAAGGCACAAGCAUGAGUUUCGUCACCUCUAUAACGAACCUUUAAAAUCUGUGUCACACCCAAUUCAUGACCAGAGUAUGUUCUUGAAUGAAAGCCAGAAGAAACAGCUUAAGGAGGAGUUUGAUAUAGAACCAUGGACCUUUGUGCAACACCUGGGUGAAGCUGUUUUUAUCCCUGCAGGUUGUCCUCACCAAGUGAGGAACAUACAGUCUUGCAUAAAGGUGGCACUAGAUUUUGUUGCCCCUGAAAGCGUAGAGGAAUGCCUUAGGCUAACAGAGGAGUUCCGGAGACUACCUAAAGACCACAGAUCCAACGAAGAUAAACUAGAGCUUAAGAAAAUAGUGCUGCAUGCUGCCAGAUCGGCCAUAAGAGAGGCACAAGAUCUAAUGCAAACAAAGACGGUAAAAAAAGACCGAAAAGGUUCUUCAAAUUAGACAUCAAGCUCUACAUUGUAGGACUUGAUUUGUCCCCAAAGAUUAACAUCUGAGAAAACCCCAUCUGUUUACUUUUGUCAGAGAACAAACUCCCUUGUGAUGUUACCUGCCAACUAUUCCUUUGCAUUUGCUUAUGUGAUGACAUUAUUGUAGCUGUAAGACUUAUUCCUUGGCAUUUUACUUAUGUAAAAACAUUAAAGUAAGAUUCUUCCCGUCUGAUCUUA